AAUUGACAGAAGAUUGUGAAGAUGGGUUCGCCUGAUCCAAUCGAAGAAGACUGCAACCACCGGCCCGACCACGGCCCAAAUAACGAGACCAUUUCGGCAAGGAACGCCCACGACAAUGGCUACGAUGACGAUUGGCAUAGCAUAGAACUUGGAGAGAAGAAACCAUUGUUGGGCGAUAAGGAAGGUCAAGGAAGAAAGGAAGGCGGAUGCUACGUACCAAAACGUUAUGAACUUCUCUUCCUGGCUUGGUUGGGCACGGCUAUGAUGUUUGUUAUGCGUAUCAACGUCAGUGUUACAAUGGCAGUGAUGACGAACGCCACAUUCACCACGCAGGCAGAGGACCCGAAUCGGACAGCGAAAACGUGCCGGUCACCAAACAGUACAAGUGAAGACGAAAAUGGACAGGCAUGUUCACAUAGCGUUGAUAUAGCCGAAGUCACACUAGGAUGGCUACCGGAUGGAGGCGAGUUCUUAUGGUCUAGUCAUGAGCAGGAGCUCAUACUUGCUGGUUUCUUCUAUGGCUACGCGGCCGCCCAGAUACCCGGUGGAUGGCUGACAGAUAAGAUCGGAGGCACUCGGGUCUUCGGAAUAUCGAUGUUCCUUUCGGCCGCCGUCAGUUUACUGAGCCCGAUUGCCGCGAAACUGGGCUACUCGUACUUUUUUGCCGUCAGGAUCUUGUGUGGUAUCGGAGAGGCGGGUACAUUCCCAGCUCUAGGCUCCAUGGUGGCACGCUGGUUCCCUCCACAAGACUUCUCUGCAGCCUUCUCAAUUGCACUAUCUAGUGCCAAAUUUGGGACAUUCAUCGGGACUGUCUUGUCGGGCCUCAUAUCCGGUUCAGACUUGCUUGGUGGAUGGCCUAUGACGUAUUAUGCUUUUGGUGGAUUCUCUUUGGUUUUGGUCGUGGUCUGGAUGGCUCGUAUCUAUGAGACACCGGGCCGUCAUCCCAGGAUAUCAUCCAAAGAGAAGCAGUAUCUAUCAACAACCGUUAUCACAGAGAAGACGGAGAAGAUCUCCAUACCUGUUGUCGAUAUGUUGACGUCUAUCCCUGUUUGGACCAUAAUCGUCACCUCUUUCUGCGGUUCCUGGACCAAUCAGGCAAUGUUUACAAAUCUACCCAUCUACCUCAAGCAUGUUCAGGGAAUGGAUAUUGAACUGAUUGGUAUCGCUGCCGCCAUUCCAUUUGCUGUCGAGUCCUUCUUCUUGGUAGUUGGAGGAAUGAUCAGCAACAAGCUGAUAAAGCGACAGGUCUUAGGUGUAAUAACCACAAGAAAGUUAGUAACCUUUAUUGGAUUUGCUCUGUCUGCGCUGUGCUUCCUACUCCUAGCCUACGUUGGUUGCGACACCGUUCUCGCCGUCGUGUUCAUGAUUGGCGCAGUUGGCUUCAACGGAAUCUGCACCUGCGGCUACUACGUGAACCUGAUGGACAUAGCUCCUAGACUUGCAGGAAGUCUUAUCGGUUUGGUCAACUCUUCUUCUGCUUUUUCCGGAGCCAUUAGCCCGUAUGUCGUCGGUGUUCUUACUCCAAACCAGUCGGACAUUACAGGUUGGCAAACGGUUUUCAUCAUCUGCUGUGGAAUAAAUUCGUUCGCGUGUUUGGUGUUCCUGGUCUUUGGAUCUGGAAAAGAGCAGAAGUGGGCCAAGCAACCAGGAAAGGACGAUUCCUGAUUUGUUUUGAUUUCAGAUAUGACGCAAUAAGCCGCAAUAGUUAAAAAGAAAAUUGCCGCGGUUUGAUUUUUAACAUGUAAAUGGAUUGCAACUGCGCACAACAAAAGGUCCUACAUGGAUUCACUGAGCUCUUAUAAGAUACAGAAAUGUGUGAAGCGUAUGACACUUUAUGUCAUUAAAAAAAAAAUCUUAUCUGAAAAAGGCUGCACUGUGCCAAAAUGUUUUGCUUCUUGCGAAAUAUUACCAAAACAUAAAGCUUUCUUUUCAAACACCUGCACUACUUUAACCAGAGCUUAUCCCAAAAUGCUCCUGUAAUAAAGUUGUGGGAAAUGUUUUAGCCUUUAUAUUUAUAUCAAACGUUCCAGCUUUAUUAAGUUUCAUUCCUGACAAUUAUUUUUUUUU